GUCGUCGACUCUCUCUAACUUUGUUUGACUCCUUCACACGCACGGAGCGAGAGAGAGUAAAGAAUCAUAGAUAGAGGAGGGAGGAGGAAAGGGACCAUUUCGGAGAAGCCGUCUCUGGUUCCGGCGACCGUGAGAUUCCGGCUGUAUGGCCGACCAGAGCUCCGACGACUGGCUCCCCGCUGGCUGGACUGUUAACUUGCGGGUGAGACCUAGCGGUAAGAAGGAUAAGUAUAUAUAUUGUCGCUUGGAAUGUAAUAUGCAGCAUUAUUUUGCUCCCUCUGGACACAAGUUCUAUUCAAAAGCAGAGGUGACGCGUUAUCUCAAGACUGUGCCAUGCAGUCCUCCCCAGUCGAAAGAGGAGAAAGGCGCCAUCGUCGAGGAAUCUGCUGAAGAUGCUUCUGCCGAUGCUGUACAAAAAGACAGUCCUAAUCCUCAGGAGAAAGGAAAGCUGGGGCUUGAGCUGUUUUCACAAAAUCACGGUUCUCCUGAAUCUGAGGAGAAGUUUUAUAGUGCUGAGGAAACUGCUGAAGACGAUUGUGGCAAUGCUACACAAAGUGGCUCUCUCAAUUCUGAAGAUAAAGAAAAUGCUAAGCGAGAUCAACCUGCAGAAAUUUGUGCCAGAGAGGAUAAAGCUCUAGCUGUCGAUGAAUAUGCACAAAAUGUUUGUGAUUCUCCAAUGGACGAGGCAAAAUCCAAUCUAGAGCAAUCCACAGAGAAUCGCAGUUCUCCUCGAUUCAAAGAAGUGAAAAAUGUUGAUCAUGAGGAAUCUGCAGAUCAGAUCUGUGGCAAUGCUGCGGAGAAUGGGUCUCAUCAAUCCAAAGAGGAGGAAAAAGACGGAAGAGAUGCUUGUGACCAUGUCAAACAAGCCUGUUCUUCUAGUCCAAAAGAAAAGAAGAAAACCAGGGCAAAGCAAUCUGGAAAUGUUUCAGUUGAGAGGGGUGUAGCAGAAGGAUUGCCUGAUGGAUGGAUCAAGGAAAUAAAAGUUACAAAGAAGAAAAAUGUUGUCAGAAGAGAUCCGUACUACAUUGAUCCUGUGAGUGGAUAUAUAUUCCGCUCAAUGAAGGAUGCGCUUCGUUACGUUGCCACCGGGGACAUAGGGAGGCUCGCGUUUAAGAGAAAGGAUAAAGGUGACAGUGAUGCAGAGUUGGAGGACGCAAAAAGCUCUUCACCCUCAGCGAUCAAAAGUAAAAAAUUAGAUGAAAAUGGAAUAAUUACUGAGGAUCAGAGAUCAAAGCGGACGGAACAGCAGAAUUUAGAUGAAAAUGGGACAAGUGCUAAGGAUGAGAACUCAAUACAGCAUGCUGGAGCAACAGAUGGACAAGUUCGUGGAUCUGCUGAUGUAGGAGGAGCCAAACCUGGCGUUUCAGUCCCUGAUUUGAGUGGCUCAAACCUUCCGAAGCUGAGGGAGCGAACUGAAGGAAGGAAUAAUACUGAUGGAACCAAUUUAACUCCAGCUAAUGAAGCUGGGGUCCCUCGAGAUGUGUGGCCCUUACAAAAGACAGGAGAGGUGCCUGCUUUAGCUGACAAAGCUGCGGUCCCUAGAGAUGAGAUGCGCUUAGAGAAGAUGGAAGACAUGCCUGCUACAGCUGAAGCAUCUGGGGUCCCUCAAGAUGAUCAGCCUCCAAAGCAGUCAGAAAAGACUCCUCCUGCUGCUAAUGAAUGUGGGGUCCUUCGAGCUGAGCAGUGUCUAGGAGAAGAAGAGACUCCUGAGCCAGCUGAUGAAGCUGGGAUCCCUCAAGAUGAGCAGUGCCUGGAGAUGACAGAAGAGGCGGUGGGGAACAAAACGACGCCACAGGGCACACCCAAAUCUCGAAAAAGGAAGCUCCUUGACUUGCCUCGUAGGACAUCAAGUCGACUUGCUGGUGUUGCAGUUGAUCCUAACUUGGAAGUUACAGGAGCUCGAGUACUGCGAACUGCUAUUAGAAGGUUGGAUGAAGGGGAAGCUAGUGGAGUGAAAAGUGUUAGCCCUGAUGCAGUUGAUCCUAGCUUGGAAGUAACCAGAACUCGAGCACUGCGAACCCCUACUGGAAGAUUGGGUGAAGGGGAAGCUAGUGGAGUGAAAAGUGUUACCACUAACAGUUGCGGUCAACUGCAGCCACUGAGUAAACGCACUAGAAGAGGAAAUAAGUUGUCAGACUCAAUGACGCGUGUGGGCCCUUCAGAAGCUGUUUUGGAGGAGGAUGCCAAUAAAGUGGAAACAGACCAAGCAGAAGCUGUUACCACUAGGGGUCGCUGUCAAUUACAGCCACAGACUAAACGUGCCAGAAGAGGAAACAAGUUGUUGGACUCAGUGAAUUGUGCGGGCCCUUCAGAAGCUGUUUUGCAAGACAAUGCUGAUAAACUGGAGAGAAACCGAGCAGAAGGUGUUACCGCUACGGAUUGCUGUCAACUACAGCCACAUACUAAACGCACCAGGAGAGGAAACAAGUUGGCAGAAACAAUUACUAGUGUGGCCCCUUCAGAAGCUGUUUUGGAAGAGGAUGCCGAUAAACAUGAGAGAGACCGAGCAGAUGACAAGAAGAAAGGUAAAAGCACUCUCUCAUCACCCCAGGAGAAUAUAUUUGCUGCCAAUCAUGCUGAAAAGCCAAGAGCCAAUGAAGAGUCGGAGGAGAAGCCCAUGUUACCGUUCGAGUUGCCUUCUGGGGAUAUACUAUCAGACCCGUGCAUUGAAUUCGCUAUAAAGACACUCACAGGAAUAGAUUUUGAUACUUCCAAAAACACCCCCAAAUCAAGCAAUGACAGCAAUGUGUCAAGGGAUGUAGCUUCCUUGAAAGUGAAGGCUGAGCACAUGGAAAUUGAGAGAGAGAUCAAUAAGCAGCAAGCUCCCCCAGAUAAAAGUACUUCAAAGGCCUGUAAUUAUGAAGAGAAGGCAGGAUCGGAGAUUCCUGGCUCCUCUCUCUCUAACUUGCCGUUUGGAGACUCAUGGCAAGACCCGUGUAUUGAAUUCGCCAUAAAAACUCUUACCGGCGCAAUUCCUGUGGAGUACGAUUUGGACAUUCCCGACCUCAUGAGACAGCAAAUAAGAUCGUCCCAGAUCCAAGAAAGCUCUGAGGUUGCUCUGUCUAAUGUCGGGCUAGACAAUUUUUGUCGAACGGAUCUGUUGUGGCAGCAUUCUGGUGAUGCUUCUUCAGAUAAGACUGCUCAUAGGCAACAAAGCGGGGUAAUUCCCAUUGCACAGCAACCUGGUAAUAAUGUAGACUUACACAGGAAGGGGGGAGCUGUUCUGCGACAACACCGCCAAGACCGAGGUAACAAGUACCAAAGAUAAAGUUAAGAGCUGUUAGUGGGCUACUUUGUUGUAGGGAAAUUAAGAAAAUGUACAGCUUUAGAGGGAUCGGGGAAGGGAUUUUUUAUCAAUGGGGUAUGGCCUCUUUCUUUCUUUCUUCAUUUUUUGGGCUUCUACUGCAGUGUUGCUGCCAUAAAAGCUGGAAAUGAACCCUUUUAGUAUCGAUGGUGGUGGUGUUGAUUCUCUUAGGUAGUCUGACUUUUGUACCGCUGUAGUCUGUAACUAUUAAUGUAUUCAAUUAUGUCGGUUAGCGGGAGGGUGUCGAAGGGCGAUUUAGAAUCCCAUUUUGAACGUCCCCGAUCAAGCCACCCUUAGAUUUGAGUUCAUCCCCCCCCCCUUUUUUUUUGGUUGUACUGAAUGGACAUCGGUUUCAUGGGAGCUCAUCAGUGGAACUUUUCUUUACAUGUUCUUAUUCGACGCAGUAAAGCUGAGCUGCUAUAGGGGAGAGGUUGCUAAUCUUCCAUUCCUACGAGGAAAAUUCUAUUGGCACCGUAAGUUAACUUUGUGGUUGAAUGUGGUGAUAGGAUUGAUCUCAACUACUGUACUUGGGGGUAAUAGUAGAAGUUCCGAAUUCUUGGUACUCUUUGGGGAUACAUGUCCAGACAAUUGAUGCUGAUAAUUGGUUC